CAUCACCAUCAUCAUCCGGAGCACGUCGUUUCCUCCCCACCGGACUCUUACUACUGCGCGCAUUCCCUGCAGGGCCGUAUGCCGCAGGGGAGCUGCGAUUGCGUCCAACCCCCCCGUAUCUGCGUCUUCUUCCCCGCGCCCGCACCCGGUCGUUUCCCCACCGGCGGCGACACGCAUGAAAACGAUCAACGGGCUCAGUCGUGCUUCGCCUUAAAGAACCAAUGAGAAGGACAUCUUUAAUAUGUAUAGUCUGAAUGCUACAACACUGAACGGUGUGCUCACCGGUCUUCAUGCAAGCGCCGGAAUUGGUAUGAUCGCCAUGCAGGGCUCCAGAACCAGUCGAACCGUUGCCUACCGAGCCUUGGGCAGAGCUUCUAAGAAUCGUUGUUAUAUACUCGCACCUCCACAAUCGCUCAAAAGAUCAACCAAACUUGCAUCUCUGCAGCCUGUCUGACCCUUCUCACAAACUCACUAAGAUGGGUAUCAGUCAGCCGCCUUACGAAUACGCUUCCUUGAAACCUGCGGAUGCUAUUCGCAUCCUUAUCCUUCUGCCUGCCUCCACCUAUUCAGAAAGCCUGCAGGUGCGGUUGAUACAUACGCAUGGUCUCCAGACACUUGGUCAAUACGACGACCUAUCUCCACCACCGUACGAGGCUAUAUCCUACACGUGGGGUGAGCCGAUCCUUUCGCACCAAUUGGAGUGUGAGGGCCAGAUCAUAGAGGUCACGGCCUCCGUCGACAAUCUUCUCCGCCGAUUACGCAAAUCUACUAGUCCUCGGUCGCUUUGGGUUGACUCCGUCUGCAUCAACCAGAAGGAUAACGAAGAGAAGAACAUCCAAGUCCAAAUGAUGGGCCAGAUAUACAGUCGAGCUCACAAAGUGCAUGUGUGGCUCGGUGAAACUCUGCCUCAUGAUCGAAUUGAAUGGCUUUUCAGCUUCUUCAGAGAGAUGGCCGUCGCUGGACACGAUGACGGCAAGAUCAUGGAAUGGCGUGCUCUCCUGAGCAAUCCGUGGCAGAAGGACGCCGAGACAACGGUCGACCGCUUUCUCGCAAGGCCUUGGUUCCGACGCAGAUGGAUCUUGCAAGAGGUGGCCUUGGCGGUUGACAUGACCGUCAGGUGCGGCAGGUUCAAAAUACCCUGGCAGUGGUUUGCUCGGGGCUCUAGAAUGCUUCAUUCCUAUCUACCGGGGCGGGAAUCCUUGAGAAUCAGCUCUGCACGCUCCCUAGAAACAUCCCUAGCAACAAUCGCAUCUCUCAGCACACCGUCGCACCAACUGCUGGACAUGAUUUUCGAAUUCGACAUGUCCGAAUGCUCUGACCCAAGAGACCGAAUUUUCGCGCUUUACGGCAUGGCAAACGAACUCAAAGAUCUGCCUGUAAACUACGGGAUUCACUGGACUGGCAUAUACUCUGGCUUUGCAGGCAUUUGCAUAAAAGCCGGCCAUUUCCUGACCCUUUUGCAACAUGUGACCGCUUUUGGUUCACUCUCUCAGGGGAAUUCUGGCAUACCAUCCUGGGUCCCGAAAUGGAACAGCGCACGCUUCUCAGCAAAACGAUUCUCCCUCAGUGACACCAGACACCCAUCUCAGAACUGUGAACUGUCAUCCGAAGCACCCAACCAAGUGCACAGCCGAGAUAUUUUGCGCCAUGUGUUUCAAGAUUUCCGGAGGCCGGACAAGCAGGGCGAUCCUGAGCAACAGUCGCAUAUGUCUAAUGGUACAAGUUAUGGGAGUCAGACCGCAUCACCCACUACUUGUAAGGACAUUGCAAUGAUGUUUUCCCAUUGCCGGAAAUCCGUCGAAGUCGAAGAGGGUUCUGCUUCUCAACGCCUUUUGGCACAAAUCCUGAGUGCUGCGAUCAUGGAUAUGCGCCUCUGCUUUGAUACACGCGACGCAAUGCUGGAGUUCGUGAAGAAAUUUUUCCUCAUAAUUCUUCCAGAUGUCGAUGCACCCAAUCUCACCCCCGAACACCGACGAUACAGCGAGUUGCUUGGGAUAUUCGAGGACGCCAUCGACGAAGCCAUCCAAGAAGCUCACCAGGCCUCAGAAAACCCGACGGAGGCGGAACUCCAGGAGAACUUCCAAAACCAAUGGAGGAUCAAGCAAGUGGCCGAGCUCCUAAAACACCACAGUCUCUUCUACACACGGAUCGACACCCAAGGGGGCCCUGUGUACAUACCAGGAGUCACCUCCUGCUCGAUCCAAGAUGGAGAUUUCGUCAUGAAGCCGCGAUCGAGGCCGGGUGAAAUAACUCCGGCGGCUACUGCAUUCCUGUUGCGCCCUGUCGGCAAUGAUCCUAUCGACAGGAACAGCGCCGAUCCGCACCUCAGUAUUGUUGGGCUAUGCUUCGUUGCCGAAGCCGAGAGUUUCGAUGAGGUGGAGGAUUCGAGAGGUAGAGGUCCGAAUAACUUCGUGAUCGUGUAAUGUUCAGGGACCGUCAUCCGUUUUUAAGAGCCCAGGUUAAUGUGUAUUUAUCAGAAGCGAACCAAAUACAAAAUCUAACAUUCCUUCCG